GGUCUCCUAUCAGUAUACAGAGCAACGAGCGAGUGAGAUAGAAGGUCAAAGCUAUCGUAUGCGAAAUUUUAAUUGUUUAUUUACUCGUACCCUUUGUGUAUGAUACCUAGUGUAAAAUAGGUGGAACGUUUUUAGAGAACGAUGAGUGUCAUAGAUUCGGAUUCUGCCAACAGUGCAUGUAUGAAAGUGUUGCCAAAUUUGUACAGAGCCGAUGGCGCUGUUUAUUACAGCGAAAUAAUGUCGUAAAUUAAUUGAAGUUGCGUAAAAGAAAAAUAGUACAAAAUUAUAUAAAUUAUGAUGCCUUACAGAGUAGCUUUUCUGUCACUGUGCUUUUUUUCCGCCAGUACUGCCUUACUUAAAACAAAUGAAAUCGAAAGCACGCUUUAUCAAGAUGAAGGGGCAGUUACCGAAGUCAAAACUUCGCAAGAAAAUAGAUACAGGCGCAAUUUACGCCCUGUUGAGUUUGACAUUAACGGAGAAAAAGCUAAGCUGAAUCUGGUUCUCUCUAAACGAAAAGUCUUUUCUCCGAGUGCUCCGAUUUGGCUUGUAAGAUCUCAUCAAGGACACACGCCGAAUUAUACCUACGAGUUGUUAAAAAAUAGAAAAGAUAUAUUAGACGGCGACUUUUACGUAGAUAAUAAAAAUAAAGCUGUCAUUUUAGUCCGUUACGAUCAUGAGAAGAACACGAUGCUGUAUGAUGGCGUUUUCGGCGAAGGAAGUGCAAGACGUAUUAUACACUCGCUUUCUGAAAACUCCAAGGUUCGAUCAAAACGCGCUAAUGAUCUGAAUUAUAAUCACAUAGUUUAUGCCUUGCUCGAAGUCGACGAACUUGCCGAUUCUGUGUUUGACACACAGCAGAUAGUUAUAGAGCGCAACGGAGUUUUAUUGGACAAACUGGACGUUCCUCUUGAUACUUUGUAUCCCAAACUUUUGGUUGUCGUAGAUUAUCAUCUCUUCAAGCUUUUAGGAAAGGACGUUACGCGCACUGUCAGAUAUGUUGCUACAUUUUGGAAUAUAGUGGAUCAAAAAUAUGAGAGGCUUGAAACUCCGAAAGUGCAAGUUAUAGUAACGGGUAUAGUCAUCGUCGAAGACGAAAAGGCUUUGAAUUUUAUUUAUCGCAGCCGUAAUGAGACUGAAAAAGCUGAUAUCGAUCAGCUAAUGGAAUACAGUCGUUUGUAUUUUUCUCAAGACUUUGUUAACGAUACCAGCUUUAAAAAUUAUGAUGCUGCGAUUCUUAUGACUGGGCUCAAAAUGAACCUAAUUGAAGGCUUCUUUGAGAUUUCCGGAUUAGCUGCUAAAUUGGGGGGAAUAUGCAGCCGACAAUACAACGUUGCUAUUGUAACGGAUAGCGGCGCAUAUCGCAACACUUUAAUAGCGAUACACGAAUUAGGACAUUUAUUAAACCUUUCACACGAUUUCGCUGACGAAUGCAACGGAAUCUCUUAUCUUUUUGGUUCUUUGAAAACGACGGUUAUGUCAUCUCCGACGAAUGGCAGCGAAAUUUUUUGGUCCGACUGUAGUCUGAGAUUGUUGAAAGAGUUUUCUACUUUAAAAGCAGCCAAAUGCUUAGCUACACGUCAUCGUACAAUGUAAAAAUGGUGCAUCGAAAAUAAAAAGCUGUAAAUAAUAAUAAUAAAUAAAUGCUGUAAAUAAAACCAUUAUAUUAUGUUCUGAAGACCAAAUAAUUAUGUAUUAACGUUAAAGUAACUAUCAUAUUGAUCAUCGUAUUAAAUGUAAAUAUUUUCAACGUCGUAUUGUAUUAUAUGCCUAAAUAAAAAUAAUAUCCAUA